AUGGCUCCUACUCCCAAAGAAUGCGACUUCCUCGUCCUUGGUAUCGGUAGUGGUGGUCUCGCCGCUGCCAGAAGAGCCAGUGGUAUGUAUGGAAUGAAGACCAUUGCCGUCGAGAACUCCAGACUGGGUGGUACUUGUGUCAACGUCGGGUAUAAGGUCACCUGGAACGCCGCCGCCAUCCAAGAGACCAUCCACGAAGCCAAGGCCUACGGCUUCUCUAUUCAGGAGACCGCUCCUUUCGACUGGACCACCUUCAAGCACAAGCGUGACGCCUACGUCAAGCGUCUGAACGGAAUCUACGAGAAGAACCUCAAGAACGACAAGGUCGAAUACCUCAACGGAACCGCCUCUUUCGUCUCCAAGGACGUCGUUAAGGUUGUUGGUCAGGAUGGCCAGGAACAGCAGGUCCGCGCAAAGAAGAUCCUUGUUGCUGUCGGUGGUCGCCCCAGCACAAUUGAUGUCGAGGGCGCCGAGCUUGGUAUCAACAGUGACGGCUUCUUCGACCUCGAGAAGCAGCCCAAGAAGGUCGCCGUUGUCGGUGCUGGUUAUAUCGCCGUCGAGAUGGCUGGCAUGUUCCACCACCUCGGCACUGAGACCCACCUGUUCAUCCGCCAUGACAAGUUCUUGCGCACUUUCGAUCCCAUGAUUCAGGACAAGAUCAUGGAUGAGUACAAGCGUCAAGGUCUCCACAUUCACACCAACAGCUCCCAGAGCAAGCUCGAGGAUCUGGGCAAUGGCUGGAAGAAGCUUCACUACAAGGAUGACGAGGGUGAGAACACCAUGGAUGUCGAUUGCGUUCUGUGGGCUAUUGGUCGUACACCUGAAGUCGAGAAGCUCAACCUGGAAAACGCCGGUGUUGAACUUGACGACAAGAACCACAUCAAGGUCGACAAGUACCAGAACACCAACGUUGACGGCAUUUACGCUUUGGGCGACGUCUGCAACGCCGGCAUGGAACUGACUCCUGUCGCUAUUGCCGCUGGUCGUCGUCUCGGAGACCGUCUUUUCGGUGGUAAGAAGGACGCCCACCUCGACUACACCAAUGUCCCUUCGGUCGUCUUCUCUCACCCUACUGUUGGCAGCAUCGGUCUCACCGAGCCUGAGGCUCGUGAGAAGUUCGGUGAUUCCAUCAAGAUUUAUUCUUCCAGCUUCACUGCCAUGUACUACGCCAUGAUGGAGCCUGAAGACAAGGGCCCUACCGCCUACAAGCUCAUCUGCGAAGGUCCCAACGAGAGAGUCGUUGGCCUGCACAUCCUCGGCCAGGGCAGUGACGAGAUCCUGCAGGGCUUCGGUGUUGCCAUCAAGAUGGGUGCCACCAAGGCCGACUUUGACAGCUGUGUUGCUAUUCACCCCACAUCUGCUGAGGAGUUGGUGACCAUGCGAUAG